AUGAACUCCCUGCUCCACAAGCUCACCGCCCUGAUCGAGGGGGAGUACAGGCACCUCAAGAGCGUCAAGGGCGGGAUCCUGUUCCUGAGGGACGAGCUCAGCAGCAUGAACGCCGUACUCGUGAAGCUGUCCAACAGCGAGGAGAGGCUGGACGAGCAGUCCAAAGAGUGGAGGAACAAGGUGCGCGAGCUGAGCUACGACAUCGAGGACUGCAUCGACCUCUUCCUGCACGAGGUGAGGCGUGGCGGCGGUGGCACCGAUGCCGCCACCAGUAUCGUCCAGAACACCUCCCGGAAGAUCAGGAACAUAUGGUCGCGCCACAAGAUCGCCGGCGUGAUCCAAGGGCUCAAGGCUAGCGUGGUGGAGGAAAGCGAUCGGCGGUUGAGGUACAAGGUUGAUGCUUCUGUCGUUGCUGCUGACAUGAGUGCGACGACCCAGAUCGAUCCGAGGCUGCCGGCGCUCUAUGUGGAAGCUGAUAGGCUCGUUGGGAUUGAUGGCCCAAGGCAGAAGAUCAUUCAGUGGCUGAUGGAAGAUGACUACUCGUCGACAGAGAAACUCAAAGUGAGCCCAGUUCGUUUCCGCAGCAUUUGUGCCAAUUUCAAGGAAUCCAAACAUGAAGAAGAUACUGACCGAUAUGCUCAAGGAACUAGGGGUGGAGUUGAUGCGUCAGAUGAUGAGCGGCAGCUCAUAGACAAGCUCAGAGCAUUCCUGCAAGAUAAGAGGUACCUCAUCAUCGUUGAUGAUAUUUGGAGCAUAGCUGCAUGUGAAUCUUUAAAUGUAUUUCCAGAGGACUAUAGGAUUGAUAGAGAAGAAUUAAUACGGAUGUGGAUAGCUGAAGGCUUUAUCACUCAAGUGAAGGGACAGUCCUUGGAACAAAUAGGAGAAAACUAUUUUAAUGAUCUUAUCAAUAGAAGCUUGAUACAACCUAUUGAAAUGAUGUAUGAUGGUAGGGCUGGUGGCUGUCGAGUCCAUGAUAUGGUGCUUGAUCUCAUCAUAUCCCAGUCCACAGAGCAGAACUUUACCACAAUAGUUGAAGGCCAUGCAUAUAAGUGUUCCUCCAAUAAAGUUCGCAGGCUCUCUCUUCAAUCCAGAUGUCUGGGAAACGGAGUGAUGCAGGAGAUUAUGGGCAGGUGCUUGCAGAUCCGUUCACUUAUUAGCUUCCAUGAAUUAGAUAAGCAAACAUUUCAACUUUCAAAGUUCUGUUACUUGAGAGUAUUGGUUUUGGAAGAUGAGGAUUAUGGGUAUCUUGGUAACCAGCAAAUCAAGUAUCUCGGAAGCCUUAUCCAGUUAAAGUAUUUGAAACUCAAUUCUGCUGGUAUUACCAAUCUUCCAAAUAGAAUUGGACACCUACAGAAUUUGCAGACACUAGAUCUGAGUGGCAGUAUUAUAGAAAAAAUUCCACCAACCAUUGGUCGUCUGCAAAAUUUGGUUCACUUCCUUGUUGGUGGUUAUUAUGUGUAUUUUCCUGAUGAUAUCGGAAAUCUUCAAGCCUUACGCACGCUUUCAUUUGUUUGCCCUUCUAACCCGGUGAACUUUGUGGGACAGCUCAGAAGAUUAACCAAUCUACGGAUCCUUGGAAUACAACUGCAUUGCAGUUGCAGAGAUAAACUUGGUGAUCAUGACAUGGAGAGGUACCAGGAGUCUUUAGAGUCAUCUCCCACUCUGUUGGCCAAACACGAGCUGAAGUCGCCGGAAAUUGACUUUGGAGAUUACCCAGCGGCAGAUAAACUGAUGGAUUCGAUAUGCAGUGAUGCUCGAUGUCUUCAGAAGCUCAUAUGCUGUCCUUCUCUUAGUAGACUUCCACAAAGGGUGUCAUCUCUUGUUAGUCUUGCCCACCUUAGCAUUGGUGUCACUAAAAUUAAACAGGAAGAGCUCUGCAUACUCGGAGGCAUGCCCUCACUGCUUUACGUCAGUCUGAUUUCAAGUGAAGCCCCCGGUGACAGGCUCACCAUCGGCAGGCAACUAUUCUGUUGCCUGAAGGAGUUUGUUUUCCGGACCAAAGGGAUUGGCGGGCUGAGGAUGGUUUGUGAAAGGGAAGCAAUGCCAAUGCUCAAAAGUUUUAACCUUGAGUUUAACGCGGAAGAAUCAGAGUCUGAUAUGGGUUUUGAGUUCUCCUUUGAGCACCUUGCAAGCCUGGAGCAACUCAGUAUUGACAUUUAUUGUUAUGGUGCUACUAGAAGUAGGGUAGAGGCUGCAGAGGCUGCCAUCAAGAACACAGCCAACAUCCAUCCUGGACGUCCCACACUCCAAAUCAAGAGAUGGUCCGAAGACCUAAUGGUCGAGGACAAGGAUGAGAAGGAAACAUGGCUGAAAGAUUAUACAGCAAGAGUGUAA